AUGAAUGUUGCGGAUACUUGCAUUCACGUAUUCCCAGGCCCUAGAUCGGGCUCAGAAAUCAGGGAGCCUCAGUUCUUGACGCUUCAAAUCCUCGUUCUGCCGCUCCGUGAUCAUCGCCAGAGCAUCAUGACGGAGGUCUUGAGGCUGCAAUAUCUCCAGGCUGCACAGGCAGCUCUGGAGGCCAAUGUAGAAUGGCAGAGCUACAUAAAAUCGAUCACGGAUAACCUGGAAACCACCGAGAGCGGCCGCUGGGGUACCGUGCGGAACCUGUAG